AUGGGAUUAUGCCACUCGAUUACUCAUUUUCAAGGAGAAAUCAACUUCGAAGUCACCCAAGCCGAUUUCCAACAUGGCUAGUAUAAUGGUUCAGUCUUAAUCAGCAAUCCAACAAUGGAUAGCUCUUAUUAUUUAUAUGUCAAUCUCAUUGGGAUCGAGCAAAUUACGACAAAAGGAUUCACAGUAUCCAACCAAUUUCUCGAUAUCAACCUCAUGCGACAAAAACUAAACGGAGAUGCCCAAUUGCAUAUCCCUUUUGAUCAGCAUAUUCAAUGGGAACCCAUUUAUCAGAAUUAUUACUCGAUAAUCUCCGAUUAAACACUCUCCACGAUCGUCUACUUAGAAUGCUUCUUAGCUGUAAUUAUUAUAUCUUAAACUCACAGAAAAGUUCUUCAGCAACUUCCUUGAGCAGCAGUAUCGUACCAAAUACUAGACAAAUUCACGUAGUCAAAACAAAAAAGAAUAGAUAGGAUAUCAAACCAAUUUCCCUCAAUUAUGAACCAAAAUUUGCUGGUUUUGCGCCGAUUAUUUAGUUCAAGUAUAGACUUAGUUAGCUAUCUCUAGUUUGGAUAAGAAUACUUAUAGAGUAGGUGAACAUUUAAAAGGCAAAUUGCUUGUUGACAACACAAGAUCCCAAUUUGCUUUAGUUAAGAAUCAGAUUACAAUUUUAUAAAUUAUUGAUUUGCUAUUUAAAAAUGAUACCAAAUAUAAACGAGUAAGUUUGGUUAUAAUUAUCAGUUACCUCCACAAACGAUGAUCUAAUAAAGAUUGGAUAACAUGCACAGUGAGAAGAGAAAUCUAGAUAUAGAUAUUGCAAUUACGUAAUCUUUUAAUGAUGCGUGCACCUACCCAGGAAGACUGUACAAAGUUAACUAUGUAAUUCAGUUGGAAUUUAUGUGGGAAGACUAACAAACUCACGUAAUGUCUAAUGAAAUUGUAAUUUAUAAUGAAAAUGAUUGA